UAGCAAUGUCUCGCGGCCCUCCACUAGGCUCGGGGUCAUCUGCUGCAGCAACGAUCAUCGGAGGAGCAACAGGAGAUCAGACUAAGGGCUUGACCUUCAGAGAGGACAUUAAUCCCAACGGUGCUGGCAACAUUUCCACUGUUAUGAUACCAACGUCCUUGGCCAAGAUCGACAAGCAUCUCCCAGUGGUACGCAGAAAAGAUAUUAUGGAGGCUUAUGCGGGCCUUUCAAACAGCGCUCGACAGGCUCUCCUCACCAUCGUUGAUAAAGAAUUUGUCGAACAACUUGACAGAUGCCAGAAAGUGGCAUGGCGCGUUCAUUUGUCGCCCGAUCGUCGAGGAGCUGAGCGGAAGUACCCUAGGUUGACGAAGCUCUUCGAGCCCACCAAUCACAAUGUACUCCCUGGUUUUAGUACGCCACCUCAGUCGACGCGAUCAGGGCAAUUCAAAGAUGGUUACAUGUUGUUGGAGGACGACUUAGUGAGCAGCAUCAACGGCGAGAAGAAUGCUCUUCAACCCUGCAUGAAGGCUCUCAUGGACCACACUCUCUUUGAUUUCAUAGACGAACGCUGUGAAGACUUCUUACGCAACGCGAAGCGAAAUAGGAGCCGACUGGUGACCAGGAAGGAGUUGUGGUAUCGACUCUUUGAUGGUCUUGAUUCGGGCUCAGUGCGCUAUGCUGAUCUGGACGCCAGUUUAGCCCAGGCAUUAGAAUUCAGGAUCCUGUCGGAAUACCACAAGGAUCGUUUCGCUUCACUUCAACGUCGUCAUCAAGAGAGCGCUCAGCAGCAGCAGCAGGAGUCGUCCCCCUUCCUGGGUGGUCCGCAGUCGUCUCGGUUCCUGAAUUCGAUACCCUUUGAAUCUGUGGCCAGUCGCUCGUUCGUGGACCUCGAGGCUGGCGAACAGGGCGAGGUUGUGAAGGAAGCUGCACAACCGUCAAAGGCUGCUAAGAAGAGGAAGAAGCGGCAGGCUAAGAAGGCGGCGACAGCGAAGUCCGAGGGAGUGGUUACUAAGGCGAAAGGUUCGAACUCGAAUGGCGAAGCGAAGCAGUUACUGAUAGACUGGUGCAGUAGUGAAUAG